AACAUGAAUGAUGGACAAGUUAUUACUUGUUAACUAUGAUAGCUGACUUAGUAUCUAUAAAUACAAUUACAAAUUAGUGGUAUUCAUUGGUAGCCCCUUAUUGAUUACUGAUUCAACGAAGUUACACGGAAAAUCAAUGGGAAGACAGAAUAAGAGUGCAAAUGCUACAUGUCAAGGUAAACAACACUUUAGCCAUCCCCACAUUUUGAAACCAAUUGUGAAUCCACCUGAAACACUCACUUGCAAUGCCUGUGAGCUACCAAAUAACAAUAAGCCUAAUUUACAUGGCUGCAACAGCUGCCAGUAUUUCCUCCACGAAAACUGUUUCAAUGCUCCACGUUUUCUCAAUCACUCGUCUCAUCCUUCCCAUCCCUUGACACUUCACCAUAUUCCGUCUUACUCGAGUCGUUCCUAUACUUGCAAGGCUUGUGGCUCUUCUGGAAAUGGAUUUUGCUUCAGCUGUGCUUGUUGUGAAUUUGAUAUCCACUUGCAAUGUGCGUCUUGUCCGAGUUCAAUACUUGUUGACAGACACCCACAUCAAUUGGGGCUCCAUUUCGGUUCUCCAUACGAAGAUAAGAAUAGUACAUACGCUUGUGACAUGUGUAAUGUGAUCAUGAACAAGGACGAUUGGCUGUACUAUUGUGCUGAGUGUGAUUUCGGGUCACACCUGCAGUGUGCCAUAACUAGUCCUGAAGUCGAUGUUUUCACCAAACAGCAGCGUCCAAAUCCAAAUUCAAAUGCAAAUCCAAAUUCAAGUCCAAAUUCAAAUGCAAAUCCAAAUUCAAGUCCAAAUCCAAAUCCAAAUCCAGCGGUGGAAAUGAUAAAUGCAGUGAAUGAUGCCCAUGAGCGGCUUAUAGCAACUCAAAUUCGCCUUCAGAUUGAAGCACAGGGAAGACAGGCUGCUCUGGACUUAAUAUAGACAAUCACGAACAUAUAACUCUAUCGUGGUUUUCUAAUGCAUUCACUUUGGCGUUCUUCAGUUUUUAUUGCAAAAUAAAUGCUUUAUUAUUGUUAUGUUAUUUCUCUUUCAAAUUUGUAUCUUUGAUCAUCAAGUUUCUUCAUUUUCGUUU